AUGGCAACUUUUCAGGACAAGGCGGCGCUUGCCAGCAGCAUUGCCCUCCGAGUUGCAGUAUAUGCCUUUUUGCGGAUCAUCCCGGGCCAUCAUCUGCCGCCUAUUAUCUAUGCCCUAUUUGCAAUCUAUGUGCCAUCUUUCAUAGCUAGUUUCCUCUCUCAAGAACAAUACAUGGUAUUAGAGGAUGAUGUGGAUAUCACGUUGAGAGAGGUCGAGGUUCCAGAUGACGACGGGACUGCCUCGCCCUCCUCAAGUACUUCGAAUUCCCGGCAUCCAACGGGGCGCAGAGGUGGAACCCAUCUAGAGCAGGACGUUGAUGUUCAAGAGACGGUGGUAUUAGAGAAGAAGACCGCCAAACCCUGGCGGACACUCCUGACAGGCCUUCCAAGCCCAACAUCAGCCCCGCUCUCCUUAGCCACCCUGUUGAUAAAUAUUCUUCUGGUUUUGGCCGCCACCGAUUUCCUCUAUCGGGCGAAGAGUUUCUAUCCCAGCAACGACCUCUCUUUCGCGCGGCUCGGAUACGUUGCGCCUAAUGAGGCUAAGUUAUUGAUCAGAGAGCCCAACCCGUCUCAGCUUCCGAUUUUCGUUUCCUACAGGCUAGCAGAUCCAGCUACUACAUAUGAAGAUGCAACAUGGCAAACUGCCGGGAAGAUUACAAGUCUAGGAAAUGACACGGAUUUUACGGGAGUUGUGACCUUUCCCUUACCGAAUCAUCCGGACCGAAAAUACCAGUGGGCGACCUCAAACAACCACACUGGGUUCCUUACUGUCCCGCCGAAGCCUGGGCAAGUCGGGAAGCAAGGCUCAUUUACGUUUGUUACAUCAAGCUGCAUCAAAGCCAGGUUCCCAUAUAAUCCACUCGACCAUCCCUUAAGUAUUCCAGGGUUUAGAUACAUGGCGGAAGCCAUCAAUUCAAUCCCCGGCGGCGCCCAGUUCAUGAUCUUCCUUGGUGACUUUAUAUACAUAGAUGUCCCAAAACGGUUUGGAAAUAGUGUAGAAGAUUACCGAAGAGAGUAUCGACAAGUAUACUCGUCACCAGACUGGCCAGCCGUAGGCCAGAAUCUGAGUUGGAUUCAUGUCUGGGACGAUCACGAAAUCGCUAAUGACUGGGAUGGGAAUACAACAGGCGUGUACCAAGCAGCCGCCAAUCCGUUCUAUCACUAUCAAGCAGUUGCAAAUCCCCCAAAGGCUCGCAAAACUGGCACAUACAAUAAGCACAGAGAAGAUGCCUCAUAUUUCGAAUUUACUCAAGGGCCGGCGUCUUUCUUCAUGAUCGAUACCCGAACCUAUCGCGAUUCUUCCACCGACUUGCCGAUAAACAGUACCGAGAAGACUAUGCUCGGCCCCGAGCAACUCGCCGAUCUUCUUGCCUUUCUCAAAAAGCCCGAGUCAAAAGGCGUAAAAUGGAAAAUCGUCGUUUCUAGUGUCCCUUUCACCAAGAACUGGCAAGUCAACGGUCUUGAUACCUGGGCUGGGUAUCUCCACGAACGACGGAUUAUUUUGGAAGCUAUGUGGGAUGUUGGGCUUCGGGGCGGCGUUGGGGUUGUCGUGCUCUCUGGUGAUCGCCAUGAGUUCGCUGCAACCGCGUUCCCUCCUCCGACUGGGGGGAGAUGGCCGAUUAGUGCUACUGUUCAUGAAUUUUCGACGAGCCCGCUGAGCCAGUUUUAUCUGCCGACACCUACAUAUCGCCAGACAGAUGAUGAGGAUGUCGUGGUCAAAUACAUCCCUGCUGGCAACUCUAAACUUGGAGCGGUGACCAUCGAAAACACAGUGAGUGAUCAGAGCAUACUCAAAUUUCGAUUGUACGUAGAUGGGAUGGAAGCCUGGUCAUCGGUUUUGCUUUCGCCGCCUGCGGUUUCUGGGACAGGAAGGCUUAAAGAUGCGUUAUGGGGUUAG